UACGACAGAUGAGGCGGCGGCAUCGAAGACGGAAACGCACAAAAAAGUAUAACGUCCAUGGAACAGUUUGCACCUCGUUGUCUUAGCUAGUGCAUGCUCCCAAGUCCCAAGCAAGAAGGCAAGAAAAUGGCCGGCUCUGACAGCGCCCGCCGGACGCCAUCCCUGCCGUGGACGGUGCGCGUGCAGCUGGCCGCCCUCGGGGCCGCGCACCGCCGGGACGGUAGCGUCCGGCGCCUCCUCUUCUCCCUCGGGGACCUGCACGCAGCCGCACGGCCCCGCCCGGACGCCUCGGGCGUCCGCUCCGCCGACGUCACCAUCGACGCCUCCCGCGGCCUCUGGGCGCGCGUGUUCUCCCCCUCGUCCGCGGCCGCCGACGCCCCGCUCCCCGUCGUCGUCUACUUCCACGGCGGCGGGUUCGUGCUCUUCUCCGCGGCGUCGCGCCCCUACGACGCGCUCUGCCGCCGGCUCUGCCGCGAGCUCGGCGCCGUCGUCGUGUCCGUUAACUAUCGUCUCGCUCCACAGCACCGCUUCCCCGCCGCCUACGACGACGGCGUCGCCACGCUCCGCUACCUCGACGUCAACGCCCUGCCGGCCGACCUGGCUGCCGUCCCCGUCGACCUCUCAAGCUGCUUCCUCGCCGGCGACAGCGCGGGUGGCAACAUCGUUCACCACGUGGCCCAGCGCUGGGCGUCCAUGCCAGCGACGUCACCCCCCGUAAGCGUCCGCGUCGCCGGCGCCGUCCUGAUACAGCCGUUCUUCGGCGGGGAGGAGCGGACGGGCGCAGAGGUGGCACUCGACAGGGCUAUCCCCUCUCUGUCCAUGGCGGUGACGGAUCACUUCUGGAGGGAGUUCUUGCCGGAGGGCGCCACCCGGGACCACGAAGCGGCACGCGUGUGCGACGAGGGCGUGGAGCUGGCCGAGGCGUUCCCUCCCGCGAUGGUGGUGGUCGGCGGGUUCGACCUGCUCAAGGACUGGCAGACGAGGUACGUCGAGACGCUGCGCGGGAAGGGGAAGGCGGUGCGGAUGGUCGAUUACCCGGACGCCAUCCACGGCUUCCACGCGUUCCCGGAGCUCGCCGACUCCGGCAAGCUCAUGGAGGAGAUGAAGCUGUUCGUCCAAGAGCAUAGGUCCAAGCGUGCGGUUUAGGUGGUCCUUGUUUGGUGAUGGAGGCUUCGGAGAAUUGGCAUGAAAUUUCUGUAAGAUCACGUACUUCUCGUUCUGUAGUUCCCAUGUUGGGCGUUGUUGUUUCCGUGCACCGUGCACUUGUGGAAUAUGACUUGUGUUGCAACUUGCAAGGCUAUUGGACAUAGGAUAGAAUCUACACCACGGUACUAGCUAUCAUAUCGGGUCAAGAGUUGAUACCAGGCACUUAUGAGUCUAUACAAGCACAAGCACACAUCCAAGUAGCUAGUUCAUCACUUUAAUUCUACCGCAUCCUUCU